GUUUUCUACUUUUCUUCGUCUUCGUUUUCUGACAUUUGGAGCUCACCGUGUGCUAAAAUACGCCGGGUGUUGUUGAGUGAGUGAAGCCCGAAAGCCAGCAAGAAUGAGGCUCCUGACUCAUAACAUGUUGUCAUCGAACAUCAAAGGCGUGACGAACGGAUUCCCCCUUGGGAUUGAGGUGGAGAAAACGGAGGAGAAGGAGGUGGAGAUGAACGCGGACUUCCUCCGGAACAUGUUUGCCAAGGUGGAGUGGAAGGCGCUUGUGGAGGCUGCGAAGACGUUGGGGUAUACUGAGCUACCCGAGAAUGUUGAGCCCUCCAUGCUCGACUCGGAUGAGUUUCUGCGGAGGUUCCACCAUGCCCUCCUCGAGCUCCACCUUGAGGAGGGCGCGUUGGUUUGCCCUGAGACUGGCCGGAAGUUCCCUGUCAACAAAGGGAUCCCGAAUAUGCUGCUUCAUGAAGAUGAGGUUUGAUUGUUGCCUUUAGUCGAAUGUGUGCCCUUGUGCGGCCGUGUUUAGGGUUAUAUAUCUGUGGAUGUUAGGAUCUAAGGGGAUGUAGAAUUGUAGAAACAUGACAUGUGGCUUGAAUGGUUUUGUGCUUGUUGAGAAAUUUUAAAUGAGUUUUUGUUA